AUGGCGAAACCAGGUCCUCGCGCUGCCGAUGUAUUGACUUCUGAAUCUCCAGACAUAGAUCGCCAGGACUGCACGUACGACAAACACUCUGACAGUGUAGUCGAUACAUUGCCAACGGAGGGGUAUUGCAUCUUUGAUGCACGACCGGUGACCGUGCCAUCACUGCACCUGGCACACGCGACAUUCGUGGUUCCGUACACCUCCUUUCCCACUCCUACUCCUGACGACACUGAACCUCCGCGAAUCACCAAGAUUCUGGCACCUGCUGGGGGUUUCUUAAAGAUGUAUUGGAAUCGCAUCAUGCUGGCCUUCGUGCCUCUCAGUCUUGCUGCCCCAUACAUCGGUUGCAACGACUCAGCUGUAUUCAUACUCAACUGCUUUGCUAUCAUACCGCUGGCCGAUAUGCUGUGCCAGGCUACUGAUAGCCUGGCAAGCUUCAUGGGCGAGACGACUGGUGCUUUGGUCAACGUGACGAUGGGCAACCUGACCGAACUCGUCAUCUUCAUCCAAGCUAUGGUACACCGACAGUACAUUAUCGUGCGGACAUCGCUUCUUGGAUCCAUUGUCGUGAACAUCCUGCUUGUGCUCGGCCUUGCCAUUUUGAUAGGCGAGGGCAGGGAGCGCGGGCAGGUGUAUAAUGUGCUGGCUACAAGAGUAGCUGCGGGCUUGCUCAGUCUGACGACAGUGAGUCUGCUGGUUCCAUUGGCUUUGAAGUUGAGAACGGACGAUCCCACAACCACACCCAAGAUGACGACCCUAAGCCGAGCAACAUCCAUCAUCUUGAUCGUUGUCUACUUCCUCUACCUCUGGACGCAGAUUCGGUCGGCCAAGUACGCGUACAAGCCGCUCAUCCAGCUCGAUGAUCCGGAGGAACCUAGCAUGGUGGACUCGUUUGAGCUCGGAAGGUCCAGCACGCACCGCCGGAACCUGUCCUACCCGCGUGCACCUCUUGCUUCACCUCCUCUACUGAGUCUGAGCGAUUCUAAGAGCUACGACUCGUUCGACAACGAUACAAAUGAUCGCCCUACAUCGGCUUCGACCAUCCUAUCAAUGGGCAAGAUCUCAGCGACAAUAAAGGCCAUACUGGCCUCAACGUGGGUGCAAAAAACAAUUCCAAUCGCUCUACUCAUUGCGUCGACUGGCCUCAUAUCCAUUUGCAGCGAGAACCUCGUGUCGAGGGUCGAUCACUUCGUCGCCCACUCCUCCGUGUCCAAAACCAUGGUCGGUCUUAUCCUUCUGCCCAUCGUCGGCAAUGCUGCUGAGCUGGUGUCCGGCAUCAUGUUCGCGUCUCGCAAGCAGGUGGACCUCGCCUUUGCCGUCUCCAUCGGGUCAGCGAUCCAGAUUGCGCUGUUCGUCACACCACUGAUUGUACUAAUCGGCUGGUGCAUUGACCGAGACAUGAAUCUACAAUUCACGCCCUUCGAAUCGAUUACACUGGUUGCAAGCUCGGCGUUGUUCUUGAUGCUGGUCUUUGACAACCGGUGCUCGGUGCUGAAAGGAGUGUGUUUGUGUGCUGGAUACACUGUCAUCGCGGUUGCAUCAUACUUUGUCGCGGAUGGAUGA